AUGUCAUACCCUCUUGUUUGUUUAGGUAAUCCUUUGUUGGAUUUGCAAGUCGAUGUCGAAAGCGACUUCUUGAGAAAGUACGACUUGAAGGACAACGAUGCUAUUCUUGCUGAAGAAAAGCACUUACCCAUUUAUGGUGAAGUUUUACAAAACAAGUCUUUGCAAUUAUUGGCUGGUGGUGCUGCACAAAACACUGCAAGAGGUGCUCAAUACAUUUUACCUGAAAACUCUGUUGUGUACUUUGGUGCUGUUGGUAAAGAUGUGUACGCUGAAAAGUUAACUGAAGCUAACACCAAAUACGGUUUGAAAACUCAAUACCAAGUUUUGGAAGAACAAAGUACUGGUAAAUGUGCUGCGUUAAUCUACAACCAUCACAGAUCUUUGGUUACUGAUUUGGGUGCUGCUAACCACUUCAAGGCUUCUCAUUUGCAAAAGCCUGAAAACUGGGAAUUUGUCUCCAAUGCUAAGUACUUUUACAUUGGUGGGUUCCAUUUCACUGUUUCUCCUGAAGCCAUCCAAUUGUUAGGUAAGCAUGCUGCUGAAACUAACAAGGUUUUCGCCAUCAACUUUUCUGCUCCUUUCAUUCCUCAAUUCUUUAAAGACCCAUUGGAUGCUGCUAUUCCUUACACUGACUUUGUCAUUGCUAAUGAGUCUGAAGCUGCUGCUUACGCUGAAUCCCAUAGCUUGGACCUUGCUCCUACUGAUGUUGUUGGUAUUGCCAAGCACAUUGCUCAAUUGCCAAAGGUCAACUCGGCCAGAUCAAGAACCGUUGUUUUCACUCAAGGUACUGAACCAACUGUUGUUGUCACUACUGUUGAUGGUGAAUUGGUUGUCAAGGAAUACGCUAUCAGAGAAUUGAGUGCUGACCAAGUUGUUGACACCAACGGUGCAGGUGAUGCAUUUGCUUCUGGGUUCAUGGCUUCUUUGGUUCUCGGUGAAGAUGUUUCCAAGGCUGUUUCCAGAGGUCAAUGGGCUGCUUCUGUUUCCAUUCAAUGUGUUGGACCAGCAUUCCCUUUCCCAAAGGUUGAAUAUUCUGCUUAA